AGGGGGAAGAAGGGUAUGGAAGAUGCGUCGGCUGGCAAAGGAUCGAAAAGCCGGGAUUUUUGGACCGUGGAGCACAUGAUUGCUUUCAUCCGGGCAAAAAGAGACCAGGAUUCACAUCUUGCCGGCCUCGCGCACACCACGGGAAGGCUGGUGCACAUGGGGGUCACGAGUAGAAAGGCCGUCGAUUGCGGGAAGAAAUGGGACAACCUGUACCAGCAAUUCAAAACCGUGCACAAGUUUAUGGGAGAAUCGGGGAAGCCAAAUUUCUUCACACUAACGCCAGGCGAGAGGAAGGAGCGGGGGUUCGAUUUCCGGAUGGAUGAGCGUGUGUAUUCGGAGAUGGCGGCGAUGACCAGGAGCGAUCACACCAUACACCCCACCAAUCUCGCCGACACCGGUGCGACUGGAGGUGUUCAAAUGCCCGGCCCACGCGGAGGUCGGAAUGAAUCCGGCGGUAGUGAGGGGGGCGGGGAUGGACAGGACGACGAUCAGGGGUCGACGAGGGAUUCUAUCAGCGGCGGUGGUGUUGGCUGGGGCACCAAACGGAAGAAUGUGAGACAACAGACCUUUGACACGAUUGCAGACGUGAUGAAGGAGCACGGGAGUCUGAUGGCGACAACCGUGGACAGCGCGAGCAAGAGACAGUGCUCAAUUCUGACUAGGCAGUGCGACAAUCUGGAGCGAGAGGUUGAAGUGCAGAAGGAACACUACGUUAAGGCCGACCAGGCGAACUUGAUGAUGUGCCAAGCACUUAUGGAGAUUGCUAAAGCGAUCCACGAGCGAUCAUGCCUCCACGGGGCGCCUUGGCGAGGGGCAGGAAGAUGGCGGGGCGGGCGAGGUGGGGAAACCAACAAAGGCAGAGGCCACAUACCGAAGUCGAAAAGGCAGCGCAUCGAUGACGCCAGCUCGUCACAAACUGAUGACUUCGUCACAGACGAAGUGGCUAUGGUGGACGCGCAAGGGACGACAGGGGUCGCGAGGUUGGGUUUCGGGCGGGAUGGAGUGUCGAGGGAGCAGCUGCAAGCAGUGAAACGCAGCAUUAUUGGCGGUGCUGCCGGGACGGUGCCAAGGACCCCAAACACGGCAGGGGUUGUCGUCACGGGCGCGCGGGUCGCGGGACAACUUUCGGCGGCCGCUGGCUCAUGUCAGCCACGUCAGCCACUCCCCCUGCAACACGUGUUGGCAUCAGGGGGAGGGCACACGGCGAUCGCGCAAAAGGGCGACGCGACGGCUAGCGCCAGUCGGAUGGCGGCGGCAGAUCACACAGCUAAAGGCGGAGUCGUCGAAGCGCCGAAGGAGGACGCGCUGGAAGAGAAGGCCAAGUUGUGGGUUGAUUGCGACGCUUUCUGGGGUCAGGGUCUUGGGAAACCUCUGAGGGAGGCGGUAGGCGAAUGCACCGACUACUUCGUCGCCAUCGCCAACGGAGACACAAGAGCUGAGCCGCCUUCGAUGCUCAUCAUGCCGCCGAAUGACGUGACGCGCUUCAAGAUCGACGACCCGGCGCAGCGUGAUCCGGCUCUCCGUAGAGCGCGCAGCGUGGAGAGAGUAGUGUUGUGCACCAUCCACGGUUGGAUCUUUAAAUCGCAGUCGAGGUCGACUGGCUUCUCUCGUGCAGAGUCCUACAUCACCGUCGACUUCGCCACGGACCUCGCACGAGCAGUUUGGCAGGCCUUGGAAUGGUGGAGAGUGGUAUCCCCUGCACUCGUCUACCACACGUUGGCGAUGAAGAUGGACGUGCCUCUGUGGUUCGCGGGGGUGAAGAUUGAGGACCGCCCGGAAGACGACGACAUGGCGGCGCGGCAAGAGGCGACAGUUGUUCUGCUGGCGGAGUGCUGGACUGAUGCGCUCUGGUGCGGACAGUGGGCGGAUGACGGGCGCGUAAAACAGGAGAGGUUGUCCAGGUUGGUGGACAGUCUGCGAGCGUUGUUGUGCGCGGUCGUGUGGAUCAUGCGCAUGGGAGGUGACGACGACCGAUCGCAUUACGAGGCAUGGUCGUACGCGUCCAUGGUCGCGAAACCGACGAUGAUAGCGGCGGGGUCGUACAUCUUCGACUGGCGCCGACACGUGGUGGACGCAGCCAACCUCGUCCUCGAUCAUCUAGGGAAGGCCCACCUCACACUAGGAGAUUACCCACAAUGCAUUCCGGAAUGGUGUGAUUGCGGGUUGGCGUUCGGGCACAACGCUGCCCUAAAGAACGCGGCGGAGGCCGCAAAACACGGGUGGAUCGGCAGCGGGCCCGCGGCGGAUGACGAUGGAGAUGAUGGCAAGUGACACGUCAUCUCGAGCAGAUGGUAGUGGGUUGGUGCGCAUCAUCGGCGCUU